AUGACGUGGCAUUUCAACACUUUCCCACCUGCUCUACGAAGGAUCAAAGUUGGUACUUCAACGUCGAAGACAUCAUCAGCGACGUUGACCACGACACAUAUGACAUCUAACACGAUGGGUAAACAUGGGGAUGACGGUGAAGAUGAUUGGGAAACUGCCGACUUGCAACCUACGAACCCACGCUUACGUCCCUCUGCACCUGCUUUCCAACCUCGCCACCUGGCCUCGCAAUCUGGUCCAUCGCGUCUGACCUCUUUACCUACGUCAUCAGCCUCUUCUUCCUCUGGCGCUUCGCAAACACCACAAGCACCCGUCUCCAGACCUUUUUCGUCAGGCCAGAACCAAACACCAAAGCUCGUCUCUCGACAGGAUCCAUCACGGCCAGGAAACUUUGGUCCGACUUUCAACGCUGCCUCUAAUGAACAAGAUGCUAGGGUGCAAGUUAGGGACGAGAGUAAUGUGGGAGAAGGAGGCAGAGGAUCAACUGGUCAAGAGGGCGAAGCAGCAAGGGGUGAUGGAACACCAGGAGAAGGUGAAACAGACGGAUGGUUCGUACCCCGUCCCAUGACAGUGAGGCAAUUAUGGGAGAGCCCAGCUCCAAUCCCUCAACCUACUUCUCCGAUCCCUCCUCUCCCAUCAGUCCGUCAAAUACUACGUCGUCCACAAACACAAGAACCCUCUAAAUCUUCUCUCCGAACACCAGGUCCGGCCAAGACUUACGAAGAGAAGGAAGAAGCUUAUAGGUUGGCUAGGGAAAGGAUAUUCGGACAAGGCGGGCAAGGGGGCAACGGAGUAUCACCCGGAGGUUCCAGAAGUGUUAGUCCUCAAAUAGGAGGUAACAGUCCUCAAGUAAGAGAAAAAAGUCUUCAGAAAGGGGACAGGAAUGGGUUUACUUCAUCCAUCACCAAAUCUGUUUCGCCCGAUGGACAAGGGACUUCGACCGCUUAUCCGACUUCUCCAAUAUCUUCAUUUGAUCCUAAUUCCAACAAUCCGUCAACAACAAACUCUGAUCAUAUUCACACUUACAACCCAUCAAGAUUUGACAAUGGCAACCCGAAUCCUAUCUUCUCAAACCAAAUUCAACUCAACCCCAACAACUUUGAUCCAACUCGCCCCCACUACGAUUCAUCAGCUUCCACCAACUCGAAUCUCAUUCACGACCCCACAAAACAACGACCCCAGACUUACAACCCGAAUCCUCAACCCUACAGCCCAAAUUCCCAACUUUACAACCCAAAUCCUCAACUCUACAACCCAAAUUCCCAACUUUACAACCCAUCUCCCCAACUAUACAAUCCAUCUCCUUUUCCCACUUCCCAAGAAUCACCUCAUCAACGAUUCUCUACCCCUCCAUUAAAUGGUGUAUUACGUCAACCUCGUGGACCUGGAGGUAUGGGAUUCGGAAGAUGA